AUGGCUGUUUUUAUGUGGCUCUAUAUUUUAUGUACCGAGAUGCACUUAUCAUCUGCUCAAUUUAAGAGUCACAUAGACUUACAAAAAGUAUCUGAAAUCAUGUUUAAAAAUGAAAAGUAUAAUGUUCUGAAGCCAACAAUACACAUAAUAAAAGAUCAUUUCAAGGAUUUCAUACAAAAACGGCACAAUCAAGAAAAUUCUAGAAUUUUCAUAGAUAGAAAUGGUUUUAGACAUAUAUGGCAAGGAAUGGAAGUAUCUGGCUCUGAAAGCUUAAGAAAAGCUGAUUUAGCUCAAGAGAAAAUAAUUGAAACUCCAGAAGAUAAAACUAUUAAAGAGAUGAAAGCUGUUGAAUUACAUAAUACUACAAAGAAAAUAAAAGAUAAACCAAGGAGGAAGAAAAAAAUUGUAGAAGAUGUUUAUGUCCCAGAAAAAAUUACCUUAAGAGACAAUCCAACGCUAGUAACAACUACAUUCUUUUGUCCUUUUUUUGGAAUUAUUAAAAUGUCUUCAGAGGUAAAUAAUUCUGAUGAAAAUAAAAAUGCUACGACGAAACGU